CUCGGACCUGAACGGGAUCAUCACGGAUCGAGGACAGCUGCAUUUCACUGGCGAGCUGAUAUAUCGUCACUUUAUCGUCACAUUAUCAACAGGCUGCAAGUGAAUAAACCACCCACUGCAGGACAGAGACUGCCAUGAGGGCGGCGUGUUUGAUGAUCAUCUUGGCCUUUCUGACGGUGAUGCGGUGUCAGAGUGUGCCGGCUGAGGGUGACCCGUCUCUGGAUGAGCUCUUCCAGCGCGCAGAGGGUCUGCUCAUCCGCUCCAUUCUCACACAGCUGCAGGACAAUGAAAACAACGACAACGGGGAACAGUUGCUAUCCCAGCCGGAGUGGAUGGAGAAGAGACAACACCCGGGCAAGCGACAGCAUCCCGGUAAACGCGAGGACGCGGACUAUGAAGACGACGCUUCCCUCCAGAAGAGACAGCAUCCCGGAAAACGCCCGUCACUGGAUCAGAUGAUGGAAACCCCGACGCCCCAGAGCGAGCUGUCCAAACGGCAGCACCCGGGGAAACGGUACCUCAUGCUGCUCCAGAAACGUCAACAUCCCGGCAAGCGCGAACUAAACGAGAGCGAGCGGACACCGGGAGACCGGUUGGACCUGGAAAAACGUCAGCAUCCCGGCAAGAGACUAUGCGAGGACUGGGAUGGCUGCGAUCAAGCCAGCAUCCUAGUUGAGCUUCUGGACAACGUCGCCAAAAGUCGCACGGAGGAGAAGAGACAACAUCCCGGAAAACGGUUUGAGUUGGAGGACGAUAUCAUUUAAACGGCAGUAACUGAAAUAAGUGUAUUGAAAUAUAUGAGUCGUUUAAACGGAUAAAUUAUUGUUCAUUGUUUUCCGCAGCAUCAUACUAUUGAUGGGAAACGCAUCUGUCUCCAUACGGUAUAUGUUUUACUGGUCGCUUUCAGAUGUCUAAAACAUUUCGUCACAGUAAGAGAGUCCGUCAAAACAAUCUCCCCGAGUGUCUCGUUGAGUUGCGACGGUGUUUCUGUAAGCGUAAUUGCGCAGGAUUCCACCGAACGCACGCGUUAAAAUAUGUUGCUCAUUCCCGUUAUUCCCUAUUCCCGACACAACUGUUCCUUAUCUAGUCCAAAUAUAUUCAUUACGUUCAUGGUGUUUCUCUGAUGCGUUAUUGCGCACCGAAAGCGCACGUUUUAGCUUUCCGUUAUGAGGCACGGGACUUAUUCCCAACACAACUACAACUUUAUAUAAAAAAAAUGUCCCUUAAUUGGGUGAAUUAGAUCGUAUUCCAUUACAUUCGGUCUUUUUUGAGGACUCCGUCAUUUAUUUCAAUGCAAGUGACCAAAAAAACAAGUCGCAGUUUUCCCAGAUGGGAUUCAUGAAUUAUGGAAUUGUCCAAUUAAUGCUAAUCUUGAAUGAAUAUUCCUUCGCAAAAAAAUAAAAAAAAUGGGUUGUCGAAAUAUUUUUCUACAGUAUUCUUGCAUGAGUUGAAGAACUCGUACAUUUUCAUGAUUUAUUUUGUUCUAUUGAUAUAGAGCAUAUUUAAAUGACAAAUGUUGUACAAUAAAAUGCUUUC